AUGGUAGCCAAACGUAAGCAUGCCAGAUCUCGAAGUGAGACAAAAUUGAGUGCACCGGAGACUAAAAAGGUGAAAAUUGAAGAUGAUGCAGAUGUUGUAGAUGAUGGACAACAAUAUCCUUCAGAAGUCAGUGAGGCUACGGCAGGUAAAAAACCACCUGAAGGACAAUUUGAAAUCCCAACUGAAGAACCAUCUGAAGCACCAGACAAAAAGCCAUCCGAGGAACCGCAACAACAAGAAACAACCCAUCAAGAAGAUGAAAAAGAACAAGAACAAGAACAAGAACAACCACAGCAGCAGUCGGAACAAUCGAAUGGCAAUAGUAGCGGUGUUAAGGUUUCGGAUGAGAUUAUAGAGGAUGAGGAGAAGGGAAUUGCAAAAUUUGAAUUCGAUGGUAUAGAAUACAAAUUUAAAGAAAGACCUAGUGUUAUAGAGGAAAAAGAAGGUAGAAUAGAAUUCAGAGUGGUCAAUAAUGAUAAUACAAAGGAGAAUUUGAUGGUUUUAACAGGUUUAAAGAAUAUUUUUCAAAAGCAAUUGCCCAAGAUGCCUAAGGAAUACAUUGCGAGAUUGGUGUAUGAUCGGAAUCAUUUGUCUAUGGCAGUGGUUAGAAGGCCGUUCACAGUGGUUGGUGGUAUUACUUAUAGACCGUUUGAAAAAAGGGAGUUUGCAGAGAUUGUAUUUUGUGCCAUCAGUUCUACUGAACAAGUUCGUGGGUACGGUGUACAUCUAAUGAAUCAUUUAAAGGAUUAUGUGCGAUCUAGUACUAAUAUUAAACAUUUUUUAACUUAUGCAGACAAUUAUGCCAUAGGAUAUUUCAAGAAGCAGGGAUUUACGAAAGAGAUAACGUUAGAGAAAAGUAUCUGGAUGGGAUACAUCAAAGAUUAUGAAGGUGGUACACUUAUGCAAUGUUCCAUGUUACCUCGAAUACGAUAUCUGGACGCAGCAAAAAUUCUUUUACUGCAGGAGGCAGCACUAAGGAGAAAGAUAAGAACAAUUUCGAAAUCUCACAUGAGAAGACCGGGAUUAGCUGCCUUCAGGGAUUUGGGUAACAUCAAACCUAUUGAUCCCAUGACGAUCCCAGGAUUGAAAGAAGCUGGUUGGACACCGGAAAUGGAUCAAUUGGCCCAAAUACCGAAAAGAGGUCCACAUUAUGCCGCCAUGCAAAAUGUACUAACAGAAAUGCAAAAUCACGCUGCCGCCUGGCCGUUUUUACAGCCUGUUAAUAGAGAAGAAGUCCCCGAUUAUUACGAUUUUAUAAAGGAACCUAUGGAUUUGAGUACAAUGGAGAUGAAUUUGAAUAAUAAUAGGUACGACAAAAUGGAGGAAUUUGUUUAUGAUGCAAGAUUGAUCUUUAACAAUUGUCGCCUAUACAACGGGGAGAAUACUUCCUACUACAAGUACGCUAAUCGACUGGAGAAAUUUUUCAAUACCAAGAUGAAGGAAAUUCCAGAAUACUCUCACCUCGUUAGUUAA